AUGUCACAGACUUUCAAGGCCAUUAAAUACUCCAAGCCUUCCAGAGGAGGUUUCCAAUUGAAAACCUUCACCGUCCCCACCAAAUUGCAAGAUGACGAGUUGCUCAUUAAAGUUUCCUAUGCAGGGAUCAACCCCGUAGAUAUCAUUCUCUACCAAUAUGCUGAAGCCUUUAAUGUCUGGGGUGAGGAAUGGGGCAUGGGGAGAGAGUUUUCCGGGACGGUGGUGGCCACAGGGUCGGAAAUGGAGUUUGCCCAAGGGGAUCGAAUCGUCGCCCUGACUAAAUCGAUAAAAGAGACUCAAUCGGCGGUGGGUCAAUAUAUCGUCAUCAAAAGAUCAGGAUGGGUCAUUGCCAAAUUACUAGAUAACGUUCCUGCAGAUAUCGGGGCGUCGUUACCAUUAUCAUAUAUGACUGCGGUGGAUAUUUUGAAUGUCCAACCGCUGAUCACCACCACCCCAGACUCGAAGAUUUUGGUGCUUGGGGGAGGAACCAUGGCAGGGUUUUAUACUUUACAAUUGUUGAAGAACGUGUAUAAUGUUCAUGAUAUAUACUCGGUGCAGUCUACGAAAACUGAUAAGUUGUACGCCGAGAAAUUCAACUUCAAAGUCAAUUCCAUCAACUACGAUACAGAAACACGGCCGAUCACCGAGGUCACCCAAGAGAUCAUCACCAACACUUUCCACGGGGAGAAAUUCGAUAUGAUCAUCGAUACCAUUGGUAACUCUGAUUUCUUUGCCGAUAUUGGAUCUUUCCUCAAAUUAAACCAAAACAAGUCGUACGUCACCAUCGUUGGUGAUUCGGUGUCGGUUUACAACAACACAUUUUGGCAGCACGCGAAAUUGAUUUGGGGGUCCAUCUAUCGUAAAAUCACUAACAAAUUGUUCAAUCCUGGAUAUCAUUAUGCCUACGUUAUGAUGAAUCCAACUGAUGAGAACUUGGUCAGUGGAGUAAAGUACCUUUCAGAAGGGAAAAUCCAUGGACUAAUCGACAGUGCUUACUCCAUUGAAAAAUUCGAGGAUGCGAUCAAUAAAUUGGCAUCCCAUAAUGCUAAGGGUAAGGUCAUCAUUGAUUUGGAAGAAAAGUGA